AUGUGGCCAAUCACAACGACUACUGAUUGGAUUAAAUUUUACCCGGCUGGACGUGAUGAUCUAAUAACUUUGAUCCCGAGAUCUCUAGAUGCAGGUUAUCAUAGAGUCGCUCGAGAAAAAUAUCGUGUUCAUCACCUGGUCGCGUUGGCAUUUUGUCCCAAAGAAGAAAAAAACGUUCAACAUGCUAUACGUCUUGGGUUUCAGCACCAACGUGUUGUCAAGCAGAUUUUCGAUGAUGGAUCUUUCCGAGAAUUUCCAUCCAUAGCUGAAGCACGGUGUGUUACCGGAAUUGAUCAUGCUGGAGGAUGUUGUUGGGAGUAUGUGGCACAAUAA